GCCCACGCGACCGCCCAAGGCAUCGAGACCCUUGGAAAAAGAGGCUUUGCCGUUGAAUUCGACCUUUUCACCAUAGCAUUUUUGCUCUCCCGCUUGUUUCAUUUCGGCCGUCGAACAAGGGGAGACAAGUUUUGUUCCGAGUUGCGACUUUGCGCUGCCGUGCGCCGGGCUGUUGUUUUUUUUUUCUCCCGUGGACCCUUUUUUUUACUCUUCUUCUUCUUUCGUCAUUUCUUUCUUCCUCUUUCGCAUACUAGACAAAGCCGAGAGUUCUCUCAAUUGGGCGCUCUUUCUCCUCUUUCUCAAAUGUCCGAAGGCCUCUCCAGCUCAGAGCAAUUCCCCCUCGCCGGCUUCAAUUCUGCGACCGCAAAGCCCGACGGCGCGACAACCAGCGAUUCCACUGCGGCGGCAGGCCGUGACACUGCCCUGGAGCCUCGUCAUGCCGGCCACUUCUCGAUAGCCUCGUCCGACAGCCAAUCUGUUCACGCCAUGCAGGGCCAAGAUGUCGAGGCUGAGGGUCGGCCGCCAUAUAUUCACGCAAUGAUUGCGGGAGGCCUUGGAGGCUCAACGGGUGAUAUGCUGAUGCAUUCACUGGAUACCGUCAAGACGCGACAGCAGGGAGAUCCUCAUUUCCCUCCGAAAUACUCUUCCUUGGGACGAUCCUACCACACCAUCUGGCGGCAGGAGGGCAUUGCGAGGGGCUUGUACGGAGGCUGGCUCCCAGCGUUGAGCGGUUCAUUCCCCGGCACGCUCAUGUUCUUUGGCACAUACGAAUGGAGCAAGCGGUUCUUGAUAGAUCACGGCCUUAACCACCAUCUCGCUUAUCUCUCAGCGGGAUUCCUGGGAGACCUGGCGGCUUCCAUUGUCUACGUGCCAUCCGAAGUCCUCAAAACCCGACUGCAACUCCAGGGGCGCUACAACAACCCCCAUUUCGUCUCAGGCUACAACUACCGCGGCACCCUCGACGCCGCACGCACAAUCAUCCGAACAGAGGGCACCUCUGCGCUCUUCCACGGCUACAAGGCCACCCUAUAUCGAGACCUGCCGUUUUCCGCGCUCCAGUUCAUGUUCUGGGAGCAGUUCCAGGCUUGGUCAAGAGUGUACAAGCAGAGCCGCGACAUCGGCGUGCCCCUGGAGCUCUUGACCGGCGCCGCUGCGGGCGGUCUCGCCGGCGUCAUCACAUGUCCCCUCGACGUCGUCAAGACUCGCCUGCAGACGCAGGUCAACAUCCCCUCCGAGCCCGAACAUUCGCACCGGCCUAAGGACCCCAACCCGCAGAAGCGACUGAUAUCCACGUCGUCACCAAGCACGCAUAGACCCAAACCCGGUGCCAUCGCGCUCAAGACAUCAUCCGUCUUUACUGGACUGAGGGUCAUCUACCAUACCGAGGGUAUGAGCGGCUGGUUCCGCGGCGUUGGGCCCCGUGGCGUGUGGACUUUUAUCCAGAGCGGCUGUAUGCUCUUCUUGUACCAGCGGCUGCUUCACAAGCUGGAGGUUUGGAUGCCUCUGGAAAAUCCUGAGAAUGAAGCAGCACUUUAAAAAAGAAGAGAUACUCUUGCUUGCUCAUUUUCUUUCUUCGUUUGCUAUUUUUUAAUUUCUUAUUUGUACAUUGACAGUGAGCAUUAUGAUGCGAAGACAUACACUCAGCAUUGCGGAGAGGAGAAGCGAAUAUCGAGAGGCGAUAUUACCAUGUAUAAAUUUACUAGAUGGAAGGGGGGAAGGGGAUGAGGGAAAGAUGAAGAAGAAGACUCAAGUUUUACAAAAAUGAACGGGGGAGGACUGAUUGGAAGGAUUUGGAGCGGACCCGGUCACUUUGUGUGAGGCGUUUUAAGGGGGUUUAGAACUGGGAUGAUAAGAUGGCAUUCUUUGAUAUAUGAUAUAGAUAGAGGGCAUGGGAAGGACAUACGUGCCAAAUCUCCAACAUGUGUUAUUACUACCUACCAUUCACUCGCCAUUCAGUUUGUAUUUUGCUUUGUUAAAUAUCACUGUAUUCUAAGUCGGUGUAUUAGAAAGGGGGGCU